AUGGUUGUUGUUGAGAAUGAAGAAGAAGUGGUGGUAGUAGAGAAAGAAGCACCUAAUAAGGGGGAAAAGGAGGAACAACCAGCAACUGCCCCAGAGAAGAGAAAGGAGCCCACCACUGAUGUAUAUGUACCUCCUGUUCCUUUCCCACAGAGAUUAGCGCAUACUAUCAAGGAGAUGCCUUCUUAUGCAAAAUUUCUGAAGGAGGUAUUAUCUAACAAAAGGAAGCUGUCGAAAACAGGCGUUAAAACACUAAGAGGAGAAUGCAACGCUAUCUUAAAGUGCAAGGUGCCGAAAAAAGAAGCUGACCCUGCGAGUUUCACCAUUCCAGUCAACUUUGGUGAAGUUUUGGUCAAUAAAGCACUUGCUGAUUUAGGAGCUAGUGUGAGUAUCAUGUCGCUAUCUUUAUGCAAGAGGAUCAAUGCUGAGAUCAAGCCAACAAGGAUGUCUUUGCAGCUAGACGAUAGAUCAGUAAGGUUUCCAGUUGGAGUUGUUGAAGAUUUUCCAGUUCAAAUAGGGAAGUUCUAUGUCCCUUGUGAUUUUGUGAUUAUGGAUAUUGUUGAAGAUCAUGUCAUACCUAUCAUUCUUGGGAGAGAUUUUUUGAAGACUGCACGCGCUGUUUUUGAUGUGUUCAAUGGCAAGCUCACAUUGAACAUCUUGGGGGAGGACGUUGAGUUUCAUCUUCCUUCAAUGAUGAAAGGACUCAUUGAUGAAUCACUGUGCAGAGCAGAAGUAGUAAGGGUUAAGAUUAUGCACCCAUAG